GCCAACUUGCAGUUUCAAGUUGAAGUUUGACAAUCAACCAACCAGGUCUCGCUUUUCCCUUUCUCGCCGGAGACGAAGAUGGAAGGGCCGUCUACGGCGGGAGAUUCCCAUAAGAUUACGGUGAGGUCGUCGGUGAUCGAGUCGUUUGGAGCAUGCGGGCUCUCGGGGCUCCGGAUUGACAAGGAGGAGUUGAAGCAGAAACUCAUGAUGCCUCGGUACCUCCGGUUGGCAAUACGUGAUUGUAUUCGCUUGCAGGAUCCCACCGCUGGAGAGAGCCACUUCAGAAGUCGCAACGCUGACGACUAUGGCAAUGUCGAGCCACCGGAGACGCCUAUGGUGGUCUUUAUUAAUCGCCGCAGCGGUGGCCGACUUGGCUCUGUGCUCAAGGAGAGGCUUCAGUAUUUGAUGGGUGAUGAACAGGUUUUUGACCUAAUAGAUGUGAAGCCUCAUGAAUUUGUCAAGUAUGGAUUAGGUUGCCUGGAGACAUUGGCUGGUCUUGGUGAUUCUUGUGCCAAAGAAUGUCGUAAGAGAUUAAGAGUUAUGGUUGCAGGAGGUGAUGGUACAGUUGGUUGGGUGUUAGGAUGUCUCACAGAACUUCAUAGAGAAGGCCGGCUGCCAGUUCCUCCUGUUGGGGUUGUACCACUUGGUACAGGCAACGAUCUAUCCAGAAGUUUUGGCUGGGGUGGGUCAUUUCCUUAUGCUUGGAAGUCAGCUAUCAAGAGAUCUCUUCACAGGGCUGGUACUGGUCAAAUUUGUCGUUUGGAUAGUUGGCGAGUUUCACUUUCAAUGCCAGAUGGCAUAGCUCUGAAAGCACCAUAUUCUCUGAAGCCUACGGAAGAGUUAACUCUGGAUGAGGAUUUGGAAGUUGAGGGAAAACUGCCUGAGAAUGUUAACUAUCAUGAAGGAGUGUUCUACAAUUAUUUCAGUAUAGGAAUGGAUGCCCAAGUGGCUUAUGGUUUCCAUCAUCUACGCAAUGAGAAACCCUACCUUGCAAAUGGUCCUAUUGCGAAUAAGAUAAUAUAUUCUGGUUAUGGUUGCACGCAAGGCUGGUUUUUCACUCCUUGCACUAGUGAUCCAAGUUUAAGGGGACUUAACAACAUACUGCGGAUCCAUGUCAAAAAGGUCAAUUGCUCAGACUGGGAGAAGGUUACAGUUCCUUCAAGUGUAAGGUCAAUAGUUGCUAUGAAUCUUCAUAGCUAUGGAAGUGGAAGAAACCCCUGGGGUAAACCAAAGCCUGAGUAUUUGGAAAAGAGACAAUUUGUUGAAGCCCAUGUGGAUGAUGGACUUCUGGAAAUAUUUGGUCUAAAGCAAGGAUGGCAUGCAUCAUUUGUCAUGUUUGAACUUAUAUCUGCGAAGCACAUUGCUCAGGCAGCUGCUGUUCGGUUGGAGCUGAUAGGUGGGGAGUGGAAAAAUGCUUAUAUGCAAAUGGAUGGAGAACCCUGGAAACAGCCAUUGGAUAAGAACUUGUCCACAAUCUUGGAAAUAAAGAGGGAGCCUUACCAGUCAUACAUGAUUCGUGGAGAGUAAUUCUUUUUUUAAUAUUCACCUUGAUUUGCUUACAUAGUUGGGAUUCUUUCAGGGCGUGUAAAUUGUAUGUAUUAUAGGUACUGACGCUUGUUUGAACAAUGUGUUCGGAAACUAGCUUCACUUUUUUAUUGUGUAAUGAAAUGUAGUUUUCACAACAUUUGGAUCCAAAGAUAUUGCCCGCUAAAAUUUCAAUAAAUUAUUAUUUACUUUUGUACUA